CUACUAUAUAGACUUUGACGAUCGAAUAAUCUACAUUAUUAGUCCAUGUUUGGCGAACAAUUUCUUGGAUACCAUCCCAAUUUGGAAAACAUUACGGCCGAUAUAUCUUCCCCAUUUGGUGGAAAUUCAUCGCGCACAGGGGUCUUCUGGUGCGAAGUCCGAGGCUCCGGCUAAAAAAAAGGUCCGCUCCUCGGGAGACAUAUACAUUCCGAGUUUCCUGUAUCCCCCCGUGCUUUAGGGCCUAGGUACUUUAUAUCCCGGUCACUGCUACAAGGAAAUAAUAAUUCUCAAUGUUUUCUCGAUUAUUUGCUUAAGCAAUAUUCCUUUGUCCUUUUUUUUCUCUCUUCUGCCCUAGCGUCGUAUAUCUUGCAACGGAUUACGAGGCGACCAAAGAUGGUUUCUCUAACUGAUGUGAAAAUAUCCAACGGGCAGCUUACAGCUGCUACUGUUCCAAAGGUUGCAGUUUUUGUUGGUGCAACCUCCGGAAUUGGCAGGGCGGCCUUGGAGAACCUAAUCUCUAAAGGUUUUCCUGUGAGAGUGUAUAUAAUAGGCCGUGAUAAGGCCGCCUUUCAGCCCACUUUGAGUGAGCUGCAGGCUUCUAACCCCUCUGCUGAUUUGAUCUUUCUCGAGGGUCACAUAUCUCUGAUGGCCGAGACAAGGCGUCUUGUCGAUAUGAUCCUCAUCCGAGAGGAGUAUGUUGACUUGCUUUUCCUUUCGGCCGGUUUCCUCCCCUUUCUCGGACGCCGAGAAACCACUGAAGGUAUAGAGCUCUCAACGGCUGUUGCAUUUUAUAGCCGCCAGAUCUUCAUCAGACGUCUGCUUCCUUUGCUUCGAGCAGCGGUUAAUCAUGGCGCUCCGAAUUUCUCACCCCGGAUAGUUAAUGUCCUAGGCACGGGCGUUGAGACAGCAAAUUUAUAUCUCGAUGACUUAACACUGAGCGGGCCCGGACAUUUCAACGUUGCCAGCUAUGUUAGCCAUGUGGCAACAAUGACUUCCGUUAGCCUUAAGCGUUUGGCCGAACAACCAGAGAACAAAAAUGUUGUGAUCAUUCAUCAUCAUCCUGGCUUUGUGUCCACUGAUUUAUUGAAGAAAAGUUGGGGCGAUCAAUGGGACGAAGGUAAACGCAAUAUGGGCGCCAGAGCUCCUGCAGACACUACGUUUUCAACCCCUGAGGAAGCAGGAGAGCGCUCACUAUACGUGAUCACUAGCGCAAAGUACGGCGGAAGUGGUGUCCCACUGCGGGAAGGACAGGGAGUCGGAUUGACUGUGAAAGGGACAGGGAAUGGCUCCCUUUUUUGCGUUGGUGAUAAAUUGGAGACUUUGAAACUUGGUGAUCUGCUUGACUCUCUUGAAGACAAUGGCAGUGCUGAUUUGAUUUGGACUCAUGUUGACCGGAUGAUUGGAAAGUACUCGUAACGUCACUGGUAAAUGUACCUGAACUAAACGGCAAGGAUAUUGCAUUGUUAUCUGGUGGUACGAGGAUCCUAAUAUACCGAAGUAUUGGAGAACCGAGAUCAGCGAUGACAGUUGGACUAAGGAUCGAAUGGACUACGCUGGCUUCAAAAGGUUUUCAUAUCUCAAACAGUUCAUCGUAGGACUGGGCGAUAUAGCCUUCUUAUUAUGGAUGUGCACGGCAGACAUUGACCUCUGAAUUUGACAAGGUAUGCUGUUAGAAUAAUAUUAUUCCUCUCUGUAUU